AUGCAGACCCUGAAACCGAAACCAAAGUCUCGCCCCUUCUGCUGCAGCGUAAAAGGCCACGUGAAGCUGCUGCGAUUGGAUAUUAUCAACUCAGUGGUAGCAGCAGUAUUUAUGAUAGUUGUAUCUGUGUUGGCACUGAUUCCAGAAACCACAAUAUAUACAGUCCUUGGAGGGGAUCUUAUCAACAGUUUCAUUACUGCAGUGUUCCUUGUAAUAGUUGCCAUCUUGGCGAUACAAGAAAAGGAAAGAAGGCAUUUGUUCUAUAUUGGAGGGGCCCUGUGUCUCACAGCAGCAACCGUGUGUGUCAUUGAUGCGACUCUGGUCACCAAGACGAUGAGGAACAACUUGAAAAAAGCCCUGGGAAUCAAAAUGGAAACCAGUGGACCCUUGGCCCCGGAACCCACCCCACCCACAAGGACACCCACAAGGGGAGGCCCAAACGCACCUACAAGGGCAACUGUGAAGCAACGCAGCCGGUGGCAGCCACCCUCGAAAGCAGCCUCGCAGGAGGAGCCCUCGGGGACGCCUAUGAAAAAAACCCCGCCAACUCCUUCCUCUGGCGGCUCUCGCCGCUGA